UGGAGCCUGGGCCCUAUAGGAAUAGGAGUCUGGAGAAGGCAAAAAGAGGGGGCUAUUUGGAGGCCCAGGGAAGGGGCGGGGCCUAGGGAAGGGGCGGGGUCCCGGGAUAGGAGGCCUGGAAGGGCCGGGGCGGGGCUUGGGGCGGUCCAGCAGCGGUCUCCCGUACUCCCCACCGAGGUGGCGGUAGAGGUGGCGGCGGAGGAGCUCGACACUUACCGGCCCCGUUCCCGCCCCUGUCGAAGCCGAAGCUGCAGCCGGUGCCAGGCUGGGGCCAUGGGCGCCCCGCGCCGCCCGGGUCAUGAGGACGGAGGCGGAGGCAGCGGGGCCGCCGCUCGAGCCCGACGAGCUGACUGAGGCUGAGAGACAUUAAGUAUUCAGGGCCAGGGAGCUGCCUUCCUUCCUUGGUGACAGCUGCCACCUGAAGCCAGCCAAGGCCUCCUAGACAGACCCUAGCUCUCAGGGGACUUCGUGCAGCUGCCCGUGCCCGUCAUCCAGCAGCUCUACCACUGGGACUGCGGCCUGGCCUGCUCCAGGAUGGUGCUGCGGUACCUGGGCCAGCUGGACGACGGGGAGUUUGAAAGUGCCCUGCAGGAGCUGCGGCUAACCAGGAGCAUCUGGACCAUCGACCUGGCCUACCUGAUGCGCCACUUUGGUGUGAGGCACCGCUUCUGCACCCAGACCUUGGGUGUGGACAAGGGCUACAAAAACCAGUCCUUCUACAGGAAGCACUUUGACACAGAGGAGACUCGGGUGAACCAGCUGUUUGCACAAGCCAAGGCCUGCAAGGUGCUGGUGGAAAAAUGCACAGUGAGCGUGCAGGACAUCCAGGCGCACCUGGCACAGGGCCACGUGGCCAUCGUGUUGGUGAACUCGGGGGUGCUGCACUGUGACCUCUGCUCCAGCCCCACCAAGUACUGCUGCUUUGCCCCCCGAGGCCACCGCUGCUUCUGCCGCACCCCCGACUACCAGGGCCACUUCAUCGUGCUGCGUGGCUACAACCGGGCCACUGGCUCCAUCUUCUACAACAACCCAGCGUAUGCCGACCACCCUGCUCCCCCUGGACCCCUGUCACCUGUGCCAUCCCUCUGGCCAGGCAGCAAGCCAGCCACCACUCUCAGGCCGUGCUGGCGUCCACACCCAGGGAUGUGCAGCACCAGCAUCAGUAACUUCGAGGAGGCCAGGACCAGCUAUGGCACGGACGAGGACAUCCUCUUCGUCUACCUGGACAGCUGACAGCGGGAGCCUGGCGUGCCUAGGCUCUCAGACCCCGCCGUGCCCUGCCCUGGCCUGGCCCACUCAGGCAGCCCUGCCCCGGGCCCAGGGCAGCUGGGGCUUGGAUGCACAGCUUCAGCCUCAGCCCGUGCCACAAAAGCCCAGGGAGCUCUGGGGGGCCGCAGCACACCGGACUCGCCCGCCAGCAGUGAGUGCCGUCAGGCCGCCAACCCUCGCACCGCUGGUUGCUGGAAACGUCCCCAGAGCUCCUGGGCAGAGCUACCCCAGGACCCUCGGCCUGACCCCAGCUGAGUCCAGGGGGCCACCCAGCCUCAAGAGUUCCCUUGAUGCCUGGGCCCAUCACCCCACAGACCUGGGGACCGAGCCUUGACAAGAGAUGUUACUUGUCAGGGCAGCAUCUGUGUGUUUGGAGACUAGCCGACCCCGGCUGCACGGUGAGCUGUCCUCACCCUUCUCCCUAGGAGUGCUGCAGGGCCCCCAAAUCCCCGCGGCUGGUUGCAAGGCCUGUGGCCCCUGCGGAGGGCUGGACCUCAGGCAGAAAGGACUGUGGGGCGCCGCAGCCCUCCUGGGACUCCAGCUCCACAGGUUGUGUGUGGGCAGGAGCCUGCUUUUGCUGGCCCACAGUGCUAGCCGUGCUCAGGGAAGCCUGACCCAGAGGGCCAGAGACAGCUGCUGGGCCCCAAAGAUCCCCCUGCCCGCCCCCGACCAGGAGGCUGCCGACACUCACUUAAGUCCCACAGUGGGGCCCAUCUGAGCACGGGGAGCCCAAAUCUUGCAGGGCUGGGGCGCAGGGCCUGUGCUCCUCAAGCAAUGGUCAGGGGCGGCCUGUGGUCUUCCCCCACCCCAGUGUUCAUGCCAGGACCUUUUGCACAGGGUGUUGGGUCUCUUCUGUCUGGAUGGAGAAGGGUGGCACCUGCCUGGGCCACACAGCACGGCGUGGAGCAUGCACUGGGAGUGUUGCCUUCUCUUCUUUCUCUUUUUUUGGGCGAGGGUUGGUUUUUUGAGAUUUAAGUUUUCACUUUUGGGGAGAAUCACCCUCAAGAUAAUAAUAGUGAGAUUGCAGGUACUCUGGAACUGCUGACACCUCUCUUCAUGGGGCAGACAGGCGAGUUAAAGUUACCUUACAAAGAGCAGAGGACUCCCAGCUGGCAGGCUCAGUGCCAGGGCCCUCACCUCACAGAGUCCCGCCCAGUCUGGGGGAGUUUGCCCAGGAGUCUGGUGGAGUUGGGUCUCGAACCCAGGUCUGCAC